CUUAACUUGGGAUCUAGGGGGUUGGAGUAGUUCCUCUACAAGUAAGACACUGUCUAAGACUGUCUAGAUUUUACUUGCCUAUUCUUUGGAAAUGGGCCAUGUGUCUCUGUGUCAUUGUUACAGACAUCCUGAGGGAUUUCUUUGGCAGAUUCGAUAAAAUAUCUCUCACCUCUUUAUGGAUCAAAGUGAUUUUCAUCAUCUUGGUCUUUGCUUUUUAUUCUGAAACUGCUCUUACAAAAACAUCAAGUUACAAGCAUUGGAUAGAAUGUGGUCCAUACAGUGAUGUGAAAACAUGCAUGAAAGAAUAUCAUCCAGUCUGUGCAACCAAUGGCCACACUUACUGCAAUAAAUGUUUUUUGUGUGGUGCACUCAAAAAAAGCGGUGGCAAGUUUACUAUUGCUCAUUAUGGUAAAUGCUGACUUUCUCCUGAAGCUGCACAUCCCUACGACUUUUACUGUGAUCCCAUUUUGCAGUGGAUUUUAUAAACAAUUAGAGUUGCACAGUGCGUCUUCCAUUCUUAGAAGACCAGGUGAACCCUGCAGAAUGCAAGGUGGAAUGUAGGACAUUCCUAGUUCUUUCUAAGUUUAAGAUCCUUUUGUUUCAGCAUUUUUACUCUCUGUUCAAUUCUUCAAUGAGAGCUUGAAAAACUAGUAUCUUAGUUAUAUGUUUGCUAAUGUGAAACCUAAUGUAAUUUAAAACCCUAAAUAUUUUGCUCCAUAAAUUAAAUAGUGUUAUAUUUUUUUAACAUGCCCCUUGUUUAUUUGGUUGGGUAGUAGGUUAAGACAUAAACAUAUUUUUGAUACCUAUAGUCAAAAAGAUAUUUUCCAGAGAUGACCAAAUAUUCAGUUACUUGGGUAUUUAUAAAAAGUACAGAUGACUUGGAUUCUCCCUGUCCUAAAGAUUCAGAACCUCUACUAGAGGUUUCUGGGAAACUGACAUCUAACAGGCACCCCAGGUUAAUAUUAUGAUCAUGGACCUUAGGUAAUACUGACUCUAAGAUCUAGGAUAUGUGUAUAGUUGAAUGAAUUUCAGAACCUAUAGAAAGAUAAGGUUUAUGAGACUUGGGAAAAAUAUAUCAUAUGUUUUUCAUUCUUGGUCACAUGUCAGUUGAGAGGUAAGUGGGUGCUCCUGGGAUGGGAGGCAGCACAGCCUUUAUUGACUUGGGACUUGCUUUAUUAGGUCCAAAUCAGAUAUUUCUCCAUUAGCCUCCAUUUCCAGCCACAAGAAGCAGGGUUUAGUUGUGUGCCCAAAGGAUCAUUCAAACCGUGAAUGUAAUGGCAGAAAUGUAGGUUAACUGUUGAAUGACAACUAGAAAUCUAUGACAUAUGCUAUGCUAGGCAUGCUGUUCUUAUCGGUAGAUACCUUUACAUCCAAAGAGUAAUCAGUGUGGGAGCUAUUAAAUCAUUUAAAAUCUCUAAUAUCCCUCUUAAGGAAAGUAACCACUAGAAUGGUAAUUUGUUGAGCAACAGUAUAAAAAUGCUUCCAGCCAGUUACACCACUUUUUCUUUGUAGAGGACUUGGUAAAAAAAGUUCUCGAGAGAACAAGUAUAUUCAUUUAUGUAUUCUUUUUUUUUAAUCCUACAUAAAUAAAGGUUUACUAUGUGUCAGACCCUAUGUAGAUGCGAGAAAUAAGAUAAUAAGCAAAAGCAGAGCUGA